UUCCCUCCGCCGCCCCCCCUCACCGGGAAUAAAGGGGGCCCCGCUGGGGGGUGACGUUGUAGAACUCAGUCCUCUUAUUUUGGAAAGGCUUGAGGGGGCGGAGUAAGUGGGGAGGGGGCUGGUCUGGGUUUCCGCUCCCUCCCCUCUGCAGAGUGUACUUGCGGUGCAGGGAGGCGCUCUGAGCCACUGCUCUUGGAAAGGGAGGAGGGCGAGGCGGCCUGGCCUAGGUGCAGGAGAGACCCGUAGUGGGGAGCAGGGGGAGGAGGAGGAAGGGAGGCGGGGAAGAUUCCCUCGCUUUGCAGAAACUGCAAAAAGCGAGCAAGGAGUUGGGUUUGUUUUUGUAGCUCAGGACGUCCUUCGCUUCUGGUGUGCCUAAGGCGGCCGCCCGAAUUAUCCCCUAGCCCGUCUUUCCAGGUGCUGCCCCCUCUCCACAAAGGGCCAUAGAACUGUAGAGUUGGCAGGGUCCCACCCAAGGGUCAUCUAGUCCGACCCUCAGCAAGGAUGGCCAUCCAACCUCUGCUUAAAAACCUCAAUUGAAGGAAAAUCCACCAGCUUCCCAGGUAGUCCAUUCCAAUGUCAAGCAGCUGUCACCACCCACAACUUCUUAAUGUUUAGUCAGAAUCUCAUUACUUGCAGUUAGAAUCAGUUGGUUUGGGUCCUGCCCUCUGGAGUAGCAGAAGACAAGCUUGCUCCAUCUCCCCUUAAGGCAGUGUUUCUCCUUAAGGGGUCCUUGUGCCAGGCUGAGAAAAGGGGUGGGGCUCUAUCACUGAGCUAUGGUCAUUUCCCAUCACCUAAACAGCAGAAUUCAGCAGAGCUGUGUUGCCCAAACAGGCUUUAAUGAAUUCUAAAGCACAUAUUCAUACUAGUGUAGAGUUGCUAUCUUGUUUUGCCCACAGAUACAAAGUAACAUGAAAUGUUAGUGUAACAGUAGCUCAUUUGUUCAUAAACUGGUGAGAGGUGCAGAUUUCCUGGUACUGUGGAAACUUUAAAUCUCAAAGUAGACUUCCCUAGAGAGUCUCUGCCAGCCAGAGUAAACAAUACUGUACUGAGCUUGAGGGACAAACUGACUGAUUUGGUCAUAUAAUGCAGGUUCCUCUGUUCCUUUGUAGCACAGUUAAAAGUUAUCCUGAUGUGUUUGUAAACUGCAAUAGUAUCAAAUCUGAAGGUGACUGAAUUAUCUUCUUGUUCCAAUUUAAUGUUUUAAAAAUACUUGAUUGUUAUUGGACAGUGGCCUUGUUUGCACUUUACUUUAAACCAUUGGUAAGCUGAACUAUAAUUUAAAAGUGAAUAUGCAGUCUGCAAGUGCACAGGGAGACAAAUGAAGCAACAUUGCUCCUCCAUGUACCUGUAGUGCCAACUGGGAGCUACUAGGGUUGUGUCUGAACCUUGGCUUAGUUUCUCCGGAAAUAAGACAUACCCAUAAAAUAAGCCGUAGCAGGAUUUAUAAGCAUUUGUGCAAUAUAAGCCAUACCCCGAAAAUAAGACAUAGUGAUAGACGCAGUUCUGGAGGGCGCCAAGGAAGAGGCUAGGCUGGACACGUAAUUAAAAAAUAAGACAUCCCCUGAAAAUAAGCCACCAUGUGCUUUUUUGAGGAAAAAUAAAUAUAAGACUGUGUCUUAUUUUUGGAGAAACACAGUAGUUCCAAACAAACCACAAGCCAGAGUUCAGAUAUGAUCAUGUUUGGAUGUGAACUGUAUCUUGGAUCUCAAUAAUACAGGAGUGGGGAAGAGCAAAGUGACUGAUUAGUUGCCUUCAAUGUUUUUUGCCUCACUUGGAAGUAAUCCUCAUAGAGAUCAGUAACACUUACUUUCAAAUAAAUGUGCUUAAAGCUGAAACCUUAAUUUUGCAAAGGGUUCAAAGAACCAUGUAAAGGUAGAUAACUAGUAUUCCUAUUUACAGGUGAUUGUAAAUUAGAGUUCUUUUUGGACUCAUCUCUGAUCUAGCAUCUGCAACUCUUUAGCACUGGACCAUGCUGGCUCUUAAAUUUACAUUUAUAAAAUGUAAAGUUUGGAGUAUGUGUAAUAAAAAGCAUACCAUGUUUACUAUCUCUACAAAAAAAUUGUUUCAUUUUUAGUCAGCUUUUUCUGAUUUGUAUGUGAGUUAAAUAAUGUUUAUUAGAACAGCUCUAAUGAAUCUGAGGGAGACAUUUGUUAGGUAGUGUAGUCUUCGGAGGAGAAGAUUUCUUCUAGCACAGAUGCAGUUGCAGGGGAAGGAGAGCAUGAGAUCUCUUCAGCUAGCUUCUAUUUUGUCCUUUUCUUUUUUGCAGGCAACUGAGAACCACUUUGACUGAAGGGAAGCCUUGAGUAUAGAUUUCCCUUAGCUUCUUCUAGUCUGGAGAGAACAUGGUAGCAAAGGGUUACUUUAAAAAAGAAAAGGGAAAAAAGAAUCCAUGCAAGCAGCAUCAUGGCAAGUAGCACUUUCCGCUCCCGUUUAAAUCUAAAAGUCACUUUCUUAAAUGAUUCAGUUUCCAGGAGCAAGCGAUCCUUCGAAGAGUUUCAAGAGGAGAAGCAACCAGACACAAAGAGACACAAACUCUCCUGCUUGCCUUUUGGUGCACUUGCAGAUCCCUCCUCAUCAAGCAAUGGAAUAGCAGCUUCCGCAGUGUGUUCUGUGGCCACCAAUGGACAGCCUGAUAAUAGCAACACAGAUGACUUACUAGAUGACAGCUUACUGGACCCUUCAGAUGGGGAACUCUCAGACUUCUCCACUGGACUCACUUCAGAAGCUGAAGACGAACUUUUGUUAGAUAGUCAACCACGCUGCCCAGAGACUUCAAAUUCCAUAGCAUUUGAACCAGAUGCAGAACAUGUUGGAAUUUUGUGUACAUUAGGAUCCUCUAAGCCUUCUGGUACUCUAGAUCUAGAGUCUAGAAAAACAGAGCCACUGUCUCCAGCUCACCCUUUAGUCUGUUCAAGUGCUUGCAGAAAUGACUCUGAAAGUCCAGAAAGUGGGAGUGACUUGAGCACAAGCACAGGGUCUCAGAACCAAGCUAGAUUUGGAUUGGAUUCAAACAGUUCUGUGCUUCCAGAAGCUUUGCCAGUUGCAACAGCUGCCUUGAGUCUGCAAAAAGAGAACCAUGUGUCUGGGGUAUUGGAUAAAGAAGCUGCUCAGGCAGUGGUUGAUGAUAACUUGGAAAGAGUGAGCCAGCUCAUGGCGAAACCUGAGAGAGCUGAAGGGCCCUGCAAGGAACAAGCUUCCCUAAAUCAAAAUGACCUAGGAGAAGAGAGUGCAAACAGCCCACCACAAGAGGCUGAAGGAGGAUUGGAUUCUGCUGGCUUGCAUGAAGAGGCUGCACCUUCCUGUUCCACUUCCAUCAGUGAUCAAAGAAAGGCAUAUAUGGAAGGUCCCAGCAUCAAAGAGCCAAAUUGUCCUGUAAGGCCCCGAUGUCGGAUAUACAUUGAAGAGGCAAAACUUGAGUCCAGCAAGAAAAAAUACAUCAAUGCUGUCCUUGCCCAUGCUCAGCAUGCUGAACUCAUAGAUGAAGUCAAUGAGUUGCAGCAGCUGAUGUUGACCGUGACCGCUGAAAACCGCUACGGGGAACCCGGAUUUGCGCACCCAACAGACCUGACCGUAAGGAACUAUGCACAGCGAGCUAAGAGGACAGCCCACAGAUAUUCCCUUAGCCAGUGGGUCGAUAGGAACAAUCGCAACCUCCGUCGUUUUGAGAGUGUCCCUGAUCGCUUCAGGCGCAGCCCUAUCUCAAGCUAGAAGGGUCUCAUCAUUGAAAUUAAGUUGUCUUUUAUCUGCGCUUCAAAGUUGAUUGUCAGCUUCAUUAUUAUUAUUAUUGUUAUUAUUGUUGUUAUUAUUAUUAUUAUUAAUUUCAGUUUUUAAGUUAAGGCCUGUUUAUAGUUUGUUUUUGUUAGAAAUUUUUGUUCAACUUGACCUUGAACCUCUCCUCUGCCAAAUUUUUUAUAUAUUUUUGGCAUUUUGAUGUUUCACCAAGCAGUUUGAUACUGUAUGCUAUGGCAAUUUUUUAUAAAUGCUUGUGCCUUUGAAAUAUCCUGUAGUGUGUUCUCUUCUCUUUCUUCCUCCCUGCCUCCCAGUGAGUGAUUGACUGGUUUGCAUGUGCAGCUCAGUUAUAUGUUUCUGUACCAUUUUUAGAACUCUGGAGGUGAAUUAAGGCAUGAAGGGUUGCAGGCAAAGCAUUCAUGUCACAUUACACACAAGAGUUUUGUAAUCAUGGCAACUCACACAUUCAGUUGCCAAGACCUCAAGUAGUGAGAGAUGGAGAGGACCUUUAGGGGUGAAUGAGAGGUAUUAUUCUUCCUGUCUGUGAAAUGGGUCUUGGAGAUGGGCUCAGAACAAAUCAACGUCCUUCAAUGCUGCAUCAUUUCCUUAAAGAGGGAACUUGUGUGGUUUAUCACAUAUCAAUUUGAAAGCAAAACAAAGCAUCCCAAAAAUAAGGUAGUGAUUUCUGUACAUUUGGAGGCAGGCAUCAGUUAAUCUGCUCACUUACCACACCAGUGUGACUGCCUGCUGCCCUCAGUAAGAGAAUGCUACCACACUGUCAGGCAGACUCUUACUUGUGCAAUAAUUUUAGGUAAAAAAAGAAACAGCAUGUGUUCCUGCUACUCCGGUCAUCGAGGCAAGAUCCCACCUCUCCCUCUACCCCUCUCUGCUUGCUAAGGAGCAAGAGGAAGAGAUGGGAUCUUUUCUGUCAUACAGGAAGCUUUGGAGUAGGAGAAAUGCAUGUUUUCCUUCUUUUUGGAGCUUCAGGGAGCUUUGGAUGAGACUCUCCUCUCUCCAGCAAGUAUAGGUUUUGAGUGAAGGGUAAGUCUUCACCAGGGAAUGGGAGGUAUAAGGAAAAAAAUGUCCCCUUUGCCUUCCCUGCUUCUAAAGUUGUCAACCCCCAGGACUCCUGAUCUCCCGCGCACCUCGGCCUGAACAAGAUCCCUGUUCCAGACUGGCUUGAAAGCUGAAGACAAGCACCUCCUGCAAGAUUUUGUUUCAGGUUCAACUUGUGAGACACUUUGUAGGUGUGUGCGGUGUGCUGGCCUUUUGUCUCACUGAGCAACUCGGAAGCUUGUUUUUAAAAGGUACUGGACAAACCCAAAGAGAAGGGUUGGUCUGUUGGUAGCUAACAGCCACCAUAGCUUUGCAAGGAAUGCCCCUUCAUAAUGAGGAAAGGGGGGGGGAGUGAAGGUGUUUUGACUUUUCUACCUCCAAUAUCAAAAGGUAAUGUGACUUUUUAAAGUACAGGAUGAAGGAGCAGGAAAAAAUAAUUGCAAUGAGGGAGUGUGAAAGAGAGUAGUUUUUUUGCUCUGCUCAAAGCUGCCACUGCUGUGACACGUUACAGGUAGGUAGCCAUGUUGGUCUGACGUAGUCAAAAUAAAAAAAUUCCUUCCAGUAGCACCUUAUAAGUUUGACUUAGUUGGUCUCUAAGGUGCCACUGGAAGGAAUUAUUUUAUUUUGUUUCCACUGCUGCGACAGUUUUGGAAGUAGUGCCUUGUGCAGGAGGAGACCUGGAAGUCAAUUGCCCUUUUAAGGAACAAAGGCAGAGAUGCUGAACUUCUGUCAUCCUCUGACAAAAAGCUUCUAAGGAGAGAACUCUGUGGUUUUAAACAUCUUGGGAUAUUUCUAGGGCAACUGUCAGAGUCUAAUUGUUUGCUAGAAAUUAAUCUCCCCGCCCCCUGCUCCUGCAAACAGUCUGUGAAGCUAUUCCUGUGCUGUGUGGCAAAGCAUCUUCUCGGGGAGUCCUGUUGGAAUCAAUUGCAUAAAGCCUGAAUCAAUCGAGAGUGCAUCUUGGUGUGUGGGUACUCUUAAGUAUAUUUUGUUGGGGAUUGCCCGGAGUGGUUGGGGCAACCUAAUCAAAUAGGUGUCAUAUACAUAAUUAAAUAAUAAUAAUUAAGCAUUUGGGUCCCCACAGAUGAGUGCCAGAGUAGAACCACAGAACGCCUGCAAUACUGAAUGCCCCUGUGUACAUCCUAAGUGCAUUUUAGCCGCCACUGGGUCCUACACAGGUUCACAAGAGGUGUCUUAUCUUUCAUGUCAGCACAGCUCUCUAGGCAGGAAUUUGUGCUUUGCAUCUUUGAGUUACUGCAAACCAAUAGGGUUGCCAGACUCAAUAGAGG